GCAGCAGAGAAUGGUAACACCGAAAUCAUCGACUCGCUCUUGAAGGCGGGUUCAAGAUUAGAUGAUCAGGACUCGGAAGGCUUCAGUGCCUUGCAUGCUGCGGCUGCCUGUCGCACGUCAGACGGACUCAGGUCACUUCUCCACAAACACGGUGCGGACAUGAAUGCAAGGCUUUUGAACGGCAGUCUACCAAUCCAUUCGGCUGCAUCGAGGGGCACCCCAGAGAAUCUUGGAAUAUUACUUGAAGCUGGCGCGGACAUCAACGCCACAGAUGACAACGGUCGCACGCCACUGCAUUGGGCAGCAGAUAGUGGCAACUGGGAGACGACCGAAGCUCUCCUCGACCGGGGAGCCCUGGUAAAUGUGAAGUCUCAGGACGACGGAGCGAAUACCCCGGUGGCCAUGGCU